AUGGCUGCCGCUGGGACUGAAGGAGCAUGGGGCGCGUGGCAGGUUGAGCCGGCCAAGUUUACCAAGCUCGUCGCGGACUCGAUGAAAGCAUUGUAUCCUGAAGAAAUCGCUGAUCGCGCGUGGGACAAUGUCGGCCUGCUCGUUGGCAACCACGAGCAAGAGUCGAGCCAGAAGCGGCCCACUGUGCUGGUCACGAAUGACCUGACAUACCAAGUCGCCAUGGAUGCCAUCCGUCAGGGUGCCAGCGUCAUUGUCAGCUACCACCCCUUCAUCUUCUCCGGCCUCAAGUCCAUCACCGACAAGGACCCCCAACAGUCCACCCUCAUCAGUCUCAUGCAAGCCGGCAUCGCCGUGUACUGCCCUCACACGGCCGUCGACGCCGCGCCUGCUGGUCUCAACACGUGGCUCGCCGACGCUGUAGCCGGCCCGCACGCGACCACGCGCUCCGUCGCCAUCCCGUGCAAGACAGCGCCCGAGAGCCACGCCGGCGCAGGCUACGGCACGCUCUCCACCUUUACCGACGGCAAGUCCGUCGCCGUCGCCGAGAUCCUCAAGCGACUCGCUGGGAAACUCGGCGGCCUGCGACACGUCAUGGUAGCGUCGCCUGUGGGCGCCGACGUGCGCACGACGCGGGUCCGCAGCUACGGCGUCUGCGCGGGCAGCGGAUACGACGUGCUCAAGAGCGCCGACGUGGACCUGCUUCUCAUGGGCGAGACGAGCCACCACUCGGCGCUGCGGGCGAUCCAGCAGGGCAGGACGCUGGUGCAGGUGUUUCACAGCAAUUCGGAGCGCAGCUACCUGCAGCAGGUGUUGAGGCCGGCGCUGCAGGAGAAGCUGCGGGCGGCUGUGCCCGAGGCGGCAGUGGUGCUGAGCGAGUACGACAAGGACCCGUUUACGAUUGUUGAAGUUGCGGAGUUGUAG